UCUAAGUUUCUGGCCGAGAGGUUAGUGUCGUGGAUUCUAGUCCACGAUGACACAGGUUCAAUCCUGGCUUGGGUACCCAUCUGAAAAACUGUAAACCCUCAAAAAUAAUGAAAAUGUAACAAAAAUUGUAAAGGUUCAAGAGAGGCGCCUUAUAAGCCUCUCUAAUCGCCUAUAGGGCAAAAACAAUAAUAAAAACUCUAAGUGUGAACACUACUGUAGUUUAAAACUACAAUAUAUAGCUGAUAUCAGCUGUUCUUCACGAGAGAAAGUUUUUCUGAGAAAGAAGUUUACAAAUCAAUUAUAAGUGAAUUGUGAUUUUCAAUCAUGUCAUUGAACGAUUUACCUGAUAAUUGUAUUUGGAAGAUCUUCGAAAAUGUCAAUGGGGCCAAAGAUUUGAUUCAAUUGUCUAAAGUUUGUUCGAGAUGGGCCGAUUUAAUUACGUUGAGAUUUAAUCGAGUAAAAUAUCUUCAAAUGAUGGACGUUAAUAGUAUCGAAGGUAAAGUUGAUUAUAUUGAUGCGAACAGUUUGUGGAUCAAUCAUCAUACGAAUUGGAAUGAUUACAAUUUAUUCGCAUUGUUUCCGAAUCUUAAAAUUAUAGAUACUGAGGCCUUAUCAAGAAGUGCAUCUCCCAAUUUGGCAAAAAUUGUCAAAAAUAAUCCAAAAAUAAGAGGGUUAAUCGUACUUUUUGAUUACAUCGGAAACCGUUGUGACGGUACAAAUAUCGAAAUGUGCGCUUCAGAAUUUAAUUUCGAUUAUAAAAAAGUUUUUCGACCUGAUCAGUUAAAACAAGUUCUUUGCUUACAAUUUAACAUGGAUGAUCUUCCUUCAUUCAUUGAAUAUUUUCCGAAUUUGAAGCGACUCAACUUAGAACUCAUUAAUGUGAACGGCGUUUUUUACAAUGGACCGACUUUGUCUUCGUUAAAGAUUCUUGAACUAAGUACAACCAAUUUUUUUGAACAAUUCACUGGAUUUCAUUUGAUGGAUUUUUGUCCAUCUUUGGAAAGUGCUUUCUUUCGUUGUUGGGCAGAGGAUGUUUAUGUAGAUGAAUCGGUAAAGAAUUACAAGCUAAGAGAUUUGGUUAUCGAAUGUCAUAUGCGCCGCGGUUGUUUUUCGCUGCCACGACUUAAAAAACUCUUGUCUAAAUUUCCUAAUUUACAUCAUCUAGCGGUGAGACAUUUUGAUAAGCUCGAUGAUAGAAAUUUAAGAGAAUUGAUAAAUUUAUUACCUGAGUUGAAGAUAUUGGACUUGAGAAGAUUUAAGAAAGUGCCGCAAAAAUCAGUUGAUUUUCUGUCCAAAUAUUGUGUCAAAGAGAAUCGAUCAAUUGUAAUAUAUUACGAUUGUGAAAACGAACCUACCGAAUGGCCUAAAUUGGUAAAUACUCGCGAACCAAUUUGCUAUGGAUUAGAUUUCAUGAAACAUUGUUUCUACAAAAAAUUCAGAUGUCUUCCAGAUCUCAUUGAUGAAUAAAAAUCAACUGACUUGAAUGGUUUAAAAUGUUAACUAAAUCACAAUGUUGAUUAUUCACUACAAGUCUUGUUGGAUAUCUGCAUCGUAUUUAAAAUAAAUCAUAU